AUAGGCUAAAAAAGCUAAAAAAACGCAGUGUAUGCGGAUAAUUAACGGUCAAAACACAUCGCCCCCGGCAAAUCCAACGGCUCAAAUCUUCCUUCUCCAUUUCCCCCACUUCAAUCUCUGCUUCUCUGAAUGAAUCCAUCUACUCAAAAUCUAUGCAUCCGUGUAUAUGAAUCUGUGUGUUGAAUUUGAUUUUUUUUUUUCUGAAGGUUUUUCUUCAUAAAUUAUGGCCGCAAUCGAACCCUUGCCUCCAAUAUUUCAAAGACAGUUUUCCAUGUAUACUUACCAUAAUCCCAAUUAUUUAUACAGAUACAGCUUCUUCUGCAAUCGGUAUAGAGCUUUACAUGCAAAUUCCUGUCGUUUAGUUCACAAUUCAGCGUCUUUUAGGUUACAACCUAGGGUUUCCAAGUUUCAUCUUUGGGGAGGAUUUUUGUCGAAGAGUCAUAAGCGAAACUUUGAUUACACGAAAAUUUAUACUAAUAGUUCUUGUGAACAUGAUACUGAUUCAACGGACAAGGCUGAAUCCCAAGGGCAAGAAAACAAGGAAUCUUCGGGUUCGAGACCGGGUUCCAGCAGGAAGAAGGAGGAGGAGAGGAAGAAUAACUGGCGGUGGUUAAAGGGGAAUAAACAGUGGCGAUGGCAGCCUAUAAUUCAAGCGCAAGAGAUUGGUGUUUUGCUUAUACAGUUAGCGAUAGUGAUGUUUGUGAUGAGGUUGUUUCGGCCUGGGAUUCCAUUGCCUGGUUCCGAGCCUCGGACUUCUACAACUUUUGUGAGCGUUCCAUACAGUGAGUUUCUGAAUAAGAUAAAUAGCAACCAGGUACAGAAAGUGGAGGUUGAUGGGGUCCACGUAAUGUAUAAGUUGAAAAAGGAUUCCAUGAAUACUGGAAAUAUGGAGAGUGUUGAUGAACUGAGUAGCAAGUUUCGGGAUUCAGAUUCUUUGUUAAGAAGUGUGAACCCGACGAAGAGGAUCGUGUACACAACAACAAGGCCAAGCGAUAUCAAAACGCCUUAUGAGAAGAUGGUUGAGAAUGAUGUAGAGUUUGGUUCGCCUGAUAAGAGGUCUGGAGGGUUCUUGAAUUCUGCAUUGAUAGCCUUAUUCUAUUUUGCUGUGCUUGUAGGUCUUCUUCAUCGGUUUCCUGUAAGCUUUUCUCAGAAUUCACCAGGGCAGCUCAGAAAUCGCAAGACUGGGGGUUUGGGUGGAGACAAAGUGUCUGAACAAGGGGAAACUGUUACCUUUGCUGAUGUUGCUGGUGUUGAUGAGGCCAAGGAGGAGCUAGAAGAAAUUGUGGAAUUUCUUAAGAAUCCAGAUAGGUAUAUAAGACUUGGUGCACGCCCUCCUCGAGGUGUUCUUCUGGUGGGUCUCCCUGGGACAGGUAAGACGCUACUAGCAAAGGCUGUUGCUGGGGAAGCUGAAGUUCCCUUCAUCAGCUGUUCAGCAAGUGAGUUCGUUGAGUUGUAUGUUGGCAUGGGUGCAUCUCGUGUCAGAGACCUUUUUUCUCGAGCAAAGAAGGAGGCCCCAUCAAUAAUAUUCAUAGAUGAGAUAGAUGCUGUAGCUAAGAGCCGUGAUGGUAAAUUUCGCAUUGUCAGCAAUGAUGAGCGGGAACAAACCUUAAAUCAGUUGCUCACUGAGAUGGAUGGAUUUGACAGCAAUUCGGCUGUAAUUGUCCUCGGAGCUACGAAUAGGGAAGAUGUUUUAGACCCAGCCCUACGUAGACCUGGGAGAUUUGACCGAGUGGUUUCGGUGGAAACACCUGAUCGGACUGGAAGGGAAGCCAUUUUGAAAGUACAUGUUUCCAAGAACGAACUUCCUCUUGGGAAGGAUGUUGAUCUGGGUGAUGUGGCCUCUAUGACAACUGGUUUCACGGGGGCAGAUCUGGCCAAUUUGGUGAAUGAAGCUGCAUUGUUAGCUGGAAGGCAAAGUAAACUUCUUGUGGAGAAAAUUGACUUUAUCCUUGCUGUAGAGCGAUCGAUAGCAAUGGCUUCUAUGCAAAUUACUUUGACAUCAGUUGUUAGCAGUAAUGGGAAUCACUCUGCCCCCUUGAAGUUUCCUAACAGUUCAUUCUUGCCUGGGAUUGACGUGACUGCGCAUGUUGCUGGCGGGCAGAGAAGGGCCAUCCGGUCCACUUCUUUUUUAGGCCCCAAAGCUACAUUAACCUUUGAUCCACCUACUACAAAUACAGAAAAGCCCAAGCAACGGAAGCACACAGUUGAUCCUAAUGCUCCUGAUUUUCUUCCGCUUCCAUCCUUUGAGGAAUGCUUUCCAAGAAGCUCUAAAGAAUACACGGAAGUCAUUCAUGAGCAAUCUGGUCAUUUGCUCAAAGUUCCAUUUCGACGCAUCCACCUAGUAGGAGAUGAACCUCAUUUUGAUUCCUAUGACACCAGUGGUCCACAGAACAUAAGCCCACUAACUGGACUCCCCAAGUUGCGGAAGGAGUGGAUUGACAGGAGGGAGGAGUUGGGUGGUCAAAGGUGUACUCAGAUGUUCUAUGCUAAGCAGGGAAUUGUAACAGAAGAAAUGGCAUACUGUGCUGCUCGUGAAAAACUUGCCCCAGAAUUUGUGAGAUCAGAAGUUGCUCGUGGUCGUGCAAUCAUUCCGUCUAACAAGAAGCACACAGAGUUGGAGCCAAUGAUAGUUGGACGCAAUUUCUUGGUGAAAGUGAAUGCUAAUAUUGGGAACUCUGCCGUUGUGAGCUCCAUUGAGGAAGAAGUUCAUAAGCUUCAAUGGGCAACAAUGUGGGGCGCUGAUACCAUUAUGGAUCUCUCAACAGGCCGUCACAUCCAUGAAACACGUGAAUGGAUCCUUCGUAAUUCUGCUGUACCGGUUGGGACUGUGCCCAUCUAUCAAGCAUUGGAGAAAGUGAAAGGAAUUGCAGAGAAUCUGAAUUGGGAAGUUUUUAGGGAAACAUUGAUUGAACAGGCUGAGCAAGGUGUAGAUUAUUUUACAAUCCAUGCUGGAGUCCUGCUCCGAUACAUCCCACUAACAGCAAAACGAAUGACUGGAAUAGUUUCACGUGGAGGAUCCAUUCAUGCCAAGUGGUGCUUAGCUUAUCACAAAGAGAACUUUGCUUAUGAACAUUGGGAUGAGAUACUGGACAUCUGUAAUCAAUAUGACAUAUCUUUGUCAAUUGGUGAUGGAUUGAGGCCUGGGUCAAUAUAUGAUGCAAAUGAUACUGCUCAGUUUGCAGAGCUCUUAACUCAAGGAGAACUGACCCGCAGAGCUUGGGAAAAGGAUGUGCAGGUCAUGAAUGAAGGGCCUGGACAUAUUCCUAUGCACAAGAUUCCUGAGAAUAUGCAAAAACAGCUGGAAUGGUGUAAUGAAGCACCAUUCUACACGCUUGGACCUUUGACAACUGAUAUUGCUCCUGGAUAUGAUCAUAUUACGUCAGCCAUCGGUGCCGCCAAUAUUGGGGCUCUUGGAACAGCACUCCUUUGUUAUGUGACUCCUAAAGAACACCUUGGUUUGCCUAAUCGAGAUGAUGUGAAGGCUGGGGUUAUAGCAUAUAAGAUCGCCGCACAUGCUGCUGAUUUGGCGAAAGGUCACCCACAUGCUCAAGCUUGGGAUGAUGCACUGAGCAAGGCUAGAUUUGAGUUUAGAUGGAUGGAUCAAUUUGCUUUGUCACUGGACCCUGUGACUGCCCUGUCCUUUCAUGAUGAAACCUUACCAUCUGAUGGUGCUAAGGUGGCACAUUUCUGCUCUAUGUGUGGGCCUAAGUUUUGUUCCAUGAAGAUAACCGAGGAUGUCAGAAAAUAUGCAGAGGAGCAUGGAUAUGGGAGUGCGGAGGAAGCGGUCCAGCAUGGUAUGGAUUCUAUGAGUGCCGAGUUCCUAUCUGCAAAGAAAACUGUAAGUGGGGAGCAACAUGGUGAGGUUGGAGGAGAAAUCUACCUGCCAGAGGAUUACAUGAAGUCUAUGAAGGGCUAAAGGACAAUGUGAACUGCCUGAUAUGGAACUGAAUAUCCUGAAGCAAUGAUGCACGGCUGGCCAGUCCCGAGAAUGGUGCUCCAGAAAUCUCAUCUUUAAGCAGUAGGGGUGUCUGCAUCUGCUUCAUAAGCAGGUCAGGCUGAGAAAGUCCCUUUGAACCUGAACAGGUUAAUACCUGCGUAGGGAGCGUGCGUUUUGUUUUCUGUGCUUGCCCAGGGCAGGAAAUUCCUCCAGGGAGGAGAGGUUCAGCUCGUAUCUGGCCAGGAAGCACGUGCAACUAACCAAUUUAACAUUUCCUAAAUUACCCACAUAUGGCAUGUUUGGUAAGUAGGAGUUGGACGAUAUUCAAAAUAAAUUACAAUCUUGUUAAUACACUGAUGUCUGAUAAUUAGAAGAGUGAACUGCUCGCUGAAGUAUUUUGAAGUUUGGAAUAUGAAACUAUGAGAAUUAAUUAUCAA